ACCAAACCAGAAGGUCAAAGGAAGCCUGUGGAGCUCGGAGACAGGAUUGUGUCGAGGCACAGAGCUGGGGAAGGCUACAAAACCAUUUCUGCUGCAUUAAAGGUUCACAAGAACACAGUGGCCUCCAUCAUUCUGACAUGGAAGAAGUUUGGAACAACUAAGACUCUUCCUAGAACUGGCUUCCCUUCCAAACUGAGCAAUCAGGGAGAAGGGUCUCGGUAAGAGAGGUGACCAAGAACCCGAUGGUCUCUCUGACCGAGCUCCAGCGAUCCUCUGUGGAGAUGGGAGAACCUUCCAGAAGGACAACCAUCACUCCAUAGAUCUGGGCUGUAUGACAGAGUGGCCAGACGGAAGCCAUUGCUCAGUGCAAAACACAUGAAAGCUGCUUGGAGGACUCUCAGACUGUGAGAAACAAGAUUCUCUGGUCUGAUGAAACUAAGAUUGAACUGUUUGGCCUCAAUUCUAAAUGUCACGUCUGGAGGAAACCAUGCACUGCUCAUCACCUGUGCAAUACCAUCCCAAGCACGGUGGUGGCAGCACCAUGCUGUGUUCAGUGGCAGGGACUGGUAGACUAGUCAGGGUCGACGGAAAGCUGAAUGGAGCAAAGUACAUGGAGAUCCUGACUGGGCCGACGUUCCACCUUCCAACAGGACAACGAUCCUAAGCACACGGCCAGAACAACGCAGGAGUGGCUUGAGCAGCCCAGCCAGAGCCCGGACUUGAACUUAACUGAACAUCUCUGGAGAGACCUGAAAAUGGCCGCCCAUCGGCGGUCCCCAUCCCUAUUGAGACAAUCUGCCCCAAAAUAGGUGUUCCAAGCUUGUAGCAUCAUACUCAAGAAGACUUCAAAGGUGCUUCAACAAAGUAUUGAGUAAAGGGUGUGAAUACUUAUUUCUGCUCUCUGUUCUGGGCAAUGGACUGGUUCUGGUGAUUUGUUACCGCAGGAGGACGAAGAUGGUGGGCUCGGAGCUGCUGUGCGUCAACCUGGCUGUGGUCGACUUCCUGUGCUGCGUCUGCUUCUACCCGUUCUCCAUCAUAUCCUCCUUCCACCACGUCUGGCUGGGAGAAUACAUCACGUGCGUUUACUACGGCCUUGGCUGCUACAUCUUCGGCCUGUGCGGCAUGUUCACCAUCACCGCCAUCAGCAUCACCCGCUACAUGAAGACCUGCAACAGCUUGGUUUACGAUGUGUGGUUGGAGGGAACUAACAUCCGGAUAGCGUGCUGUGCCACCUGGCUCGUGGCGGCUGUUUGGUCCAGCUUCCCCCUGUUCGGCUGGGGUGAGUACGUCCCGGAGCCUUACGGGCUGUCCUGCACCAUCGCCUGGAGGGGUUAUCAUACCUCCGCCAAGGAUGCUUUCUACGUCAUCUGCUCCUUCGCCUGCUUCACCAUGGUUCCUGUCCUCCUCAUCGUGGUGUCCCAGUGUCUGAUCCUCCUCAAGGUGUCCCGCUUCUCCUACUCACUGUCUGCGAGAGGCAUCCGCAACAACCUGCGAUACACGGAGAAACGGCUCUCCAUAAUGUUUUUCUGCGUCAGCCUGGGUUUCGUGAUUGCCUGGGCGCCAUACGCCAUCGUGUCCUUCCUCUUCAUUUUCCACCAGGAGAACCUGUACAUGGCUCCCGUGGGCUUUGUGUUCCCCGCACUCUUCGCCAAAAGCUCCCACGUGUACAACCCGUUCAUCUACUUCUACUUCAACAAGACUUUCCGGCGAGAGCUCCGCUGCCUGCUCCUCUCUGUCUGGCCCAAGCUUGGAGGAAAUCGAGUGGACGUCCACAUCACCACGGUCCACCAAGUUCCCAUCCACAUUGAGCUUCAGGAAAGAGUCUGCGUCCAGAAGAAGAACUUUGGUUUGACUCGGGACAGAACUCGCAGCAAGGAAAAAUACGACAACACCCGUGUCCUUGGCAAGUCGGUGUACACCUGCUGGGGCUCCAUGUCGAAGAACACCCCCAAAACCUUCGACAAAAAAAUGAACAAAGAUUCGCUGCCCGACUCCAUAUGAACUCUGUUUCACUGUUUGUACGGAGGUUGAGAAACGAGAAGGACCCAGAGACGGUCGUUCAAUGCAGUUCCUCCCAAAUAAGUGUUAAAUUGUCAAUGUUAUGUUAAUCCUCACACGACCAACUUUGUAAUCAUACAACCGUCUUGAAAACGUGAUUAUUUGCAAGUUGUAAACACGGGAAUGUCUACCAUCCAUCCCAUAUGUCAUGAGUGUUAAAGCAUUAAGUACGGCCUCACAGAGCUGCUGGAGAGAUAACAUUUCUGCCCAGAGAAAUAUUUGCAAUAUUUUCAUCAGGUUUUUGCAUUCUGUAUGACGCUUUUUAAAUAUUUAUACCGUCAUUAAAUGUUUCAGUUAAUUAUUGUGAAUUGAUGAAAAUUAGCAAAGGGUACAGUAAGUAUGAUUUCUGAGAUCUAAAUACUGUCAUUCAUCAUUUUAUUUAUUUUUUAUUUUUUAAUGUUCUCAUUACUGAGCCAGCAGUUGCCUUUUCUUCAUACAGCAGAUCCACAGUGUUUGAUCACUCUGCCUCAACUACUAACCUCGUGUGUGUGUGUGUGUGUGUGUGUGUGUGUGUGUGUGUGUGUGUGUGUGAGAGAAUCUGAACUUUCCACUUUGUUACUUCUACAUAAUUUUACCAGCUGGGAAUCUUCUCACUGAUGCUCUGACACACAUUGUCUAGACAAUGUCUUAAAAUAUGUGUCUGUCUGCUUUUAGCUUUCAGAUAUUGUCAGAAAGUUGAGCUGGAAAUUUGAUCUUGAUCUAUUUUUACACUCGGAUGUCUUUAGCGGCAUUGAAAUUGUACAAAAUAAUGUGUUUAUAUAAUUCACAGAAAUUGAAAAUCCUCACAAAAGAUGGAAAAUUGAGAAAGACAAUGACCCUGUAGUUUGAUAUUAAGUGUAUAAUAAAAUGUUAAAAUUGUUUACAUCCCUCUUUUCAGAUUAUAAAUGUUUCAUAAUGCUGACAUAUUUUCACAUUUCUUUUGAGUCUCAUUUUCUGGUGAUUAAACGGCUGCAUGAAUGAUAAGAAAUGAAAUCCCCUAAU